AUUUCGUGCCAGUCAAUAGAUUAGACCCCUCAGGUGCACGUGCUAGCAAAAUCGAUAAAAGUCGUACUCCAUUUCUCAGGUUGCAGCUGUUUCAGUUGUGUUUGUGCAGUUUGCCUGCAGGCAAAACGUCCAAUUCAAAUUGCUUCAGUUCUUGCAGACCCUGGAUGCGUUAUUUCCUGAUCCUAAUCCGAGUUCUUUGCUACUAAGGCAAACUGAAAGUACCUAUAAGCAGUCAUUUUCUUCGUGUUGAAUCGUGAACUGAUUGCACUCGGUGGCAUGUGAGGCACUACGGUCGGAGCCACAUUGAAACAGUUUCCAUUGCAAUUGUCAUAUUAUUAUCCUCUCUGUUCAAGCAGUUUGUUUCGUGAGAGUUCAUAGCUAGUCAACCAGUUGAUGGUGGACUGGUCGCGGCGUCCCAUGGGAACUCAAAAGUGUGCGAAUCUCGUCGAGCAGAUGGCGGGCUUGGAACCUCAGCGUGCCCAGCGCAGGAAUGGCGUGUGGGGCGCCCCGGUUAAACAGGGCCAGAAGCGAUUGUAUUCCCAGGUUGACACGGUAGUUGUGCCGACGACGGCCCCCAACAACAAGCGGUACGCCCCCUCCGACGGCGGCGGUUUCUUGCUGUUCCAGCCAGACGAGAUCAUCCAGGAACGCUACCAACUCCUAACCACUAUUGGCGAGGGGAACUUCGGUAAAGUGGUGAAGGUGCUGGACAUAUACGACCGGACGGCCAAUACGCUGGCCAUGAAGAUCACACGGAACCAAGAACCCUUCCGGGUGGCGGGGCGCCGCGAGGCCGAAAUCCUGGAGCGUAUCCGGAGACACGACACUGGGGGACAGUCGAAGUGUGUGGAGCUAUGGGCACAUUUCGAAUGGAAGGGCCACUACUGCCUCGUCUUCCCCAAACUGGGUCCCAGUCUGUACGAUACUCUCAAACACAACGGCCACUUACCCUUCUCGGUGGAGCAGAUCCGCCACAUCGCCAAGCAGCUCAUCCAUGGCGUCCACUUCAUCCACGAACUGGGCUAUAUCCAUACGGAUCUGAAGCCCGAGAACAUCCUCUUCGUCCAGUCUGACACUGGCACUCAGAUCACGCAGCGGCCUGUCAAGAACAGCGAGACGCAGUGGUUCCGGGCUCCAAAAGGCAGUCUCAUCAGCCAGCGCACUGAUACCGAGAUCCGUAUUAUUGACUUUGGCACGACGGUGCACGAGGGGGAAGCGAAGCAUCCCAAGAUCCAGACACAGCACUAUAGAGCGCCGGAAGUCCUGCUCGAACUGGGAUGGGAUCAUAGCAGCGACAUCUUUAGUAUCGGCUGUAUAAUGUACGAAUUGUAUAGCGGCUCUACGCUAUUCCAGACUCAAGACGAUCGUGAACACUUGGCCAUGAUGAUCAGGACGCUAGGAGACAUUCCGCGAAAAAUGAUCAGAAAUUCAAAACUCGGCCACUUCGAUAGCGAUGGAAGGCUGUUGUUCGAUGAGCACAGCUCGGAAGGGGAAUUCGUCCGCCGCUACUACAAGCCGUUGAUGGAGCUCAUUCGAGAGAAGGACCAGUCUAAUAAAGAGGUGUUAGCGCUGUUUGACCUCAUCGGGCGUCUGCUGCAUUAUCAGCCCAAGCAUCGCUUCCCGCUGCUGCCCGCGCUUUCCCACAAUUUCUUCGUCCGAAACUCUACGACGAAACAGGCGCGGUCCGGUCCCAAGAAAAAUCCGUGAACAGGGCCGAUUACGGGGACGAGGAGUGUGUCUAGAGAUUAACAGUAUUUAACAAUGCCGUCGCUCUUAAACUUGCCUUGUAUUUGUUUCCUCUGACUUUUUACAAGUCUUUCGCUGCAGUCGACUGCAGGAAUGAACCGGAUUGCAGUUUAGUCUACGGCAGAGCGGAUUUUCCACGGCGUUUCGCCGCUUCCGCCUUGUACAGUGGUUUUUAGCCUGUUUGAUUGUUUGUUAUUUCUGUAUCCUGAAAGAACGACGACUGACAGGAUUUACUUUUUUGGAAUAGUUUUUUCAUCACAGUGUAAUGAGCAUGCAUCGAUCAAAACAAAGAUAAAAAUGUCAGAAAA